AUGGCUUCGGCGUAUGAUCAAAGUGCUAUGCCAGAUAAUUUAAAUGGAACGAAAGAUUUAUUGUCAGCAAAUGAAAUUGUUGCUGACCGUUUUAUUGUGGAAGAAAAAAUUGGACAAGGAAGUUUUGGACAAAUUUAUAGAGGAAAGGAUAAACGUCAAAAACGAAUGGUAGCAAUAAAGGUUGAACCAGAAUAUCAGGGUGAAUUAAAUGAUGCGCCGAAUGAUCCGCGUCGUUUAGUCAUUGAACAGCAGCCUAAUAUACCAAUAAUAUAUGCAAGUGGUAAAACCGAAAAGAAUUAUCCGUACAUUGUAAUGCAAAUAUUGGGGAAAAAUUUGACUACAUUACGGAAGGAACGAACGGAACCAAAGUUCACUUUAUCAACAGCAUUCCGGAUCGGUGAACAAGUAGCGCAUGCAUUGCAGUAUCUGCAUGAAGCAGGUUAUAUACAUCGUGAUGUUAAACCAUCAAAUUGUUGCAUUGGUGUAAUACCCGAAACAGCUAUUAUUUAUCUUGUUGAUUUUGGAAUGUGUCGAAAGGUGAUUGAUUCAAAUGGUAAAUGGCAUAUGCCACGAUUCAAAUCAAUAUUUAAAGGAACUUUACGAUAUGCUUCAUUGAAUGCAAUUGUCACACAUCAAUGUGGACCAUGUGACGAUAUGAUGGGAUUAAUUUAUUCGAUUAUCGAAUUAGCAUUAUCAAAAUUACCAUGGGCAAGAAGUGCGCCUCGUGAUAUGAUAAAACAAAAAGCAACAAUUACCGGUGAAGAAUUAUGUGCUCAAUUACCACUACCAUUUUUACAAUGUCAUAAUUAUAUUCAAAGUUUAAAGCCAACUGAAAUGCCACGACACAAUUUUAUUAAUGAAUGUCUUAAACAAUGUAUUCCAUUAAAUGUUCAACCAACUGAUCCCUAUGAUUGGGAAAUUAUCGAUUUUACGUAA